AUGGCGGCGUACAGUCGCUCUCAGCUGCUGUUGCUGCUGUUGUCGUCCGUGUGUCUCUGCAGCUUCAGCUCCGUCUUCGGCUUGAAAGCAGCCAGCGGCCCGGCCGAGCCGCCCAACCCGCCCGUCCUCAGAGCCGUCGAUCCCCCGCUGAAGGAUGCACCUGCCGCCGCUGCUGCUGCCGCUGCUGCCGCUGGGGCCUCUCAGCCUCGAAGGGCGACCGGUUGGAAGCUGUCGGAGGAGGAGGCCUGCCGGGAGGACCUGACCCGCCUCUGCCCCAAACACACCUGGACCAACAUGGCCGUGCUGGAGUGCCUGCAGGACCGCAGAGAGGAGACUGAGAUCGCGCCUGACUGUAACCAUCUCCUGUGGAAUUACAAACUCAAUCUGACUACAGAUCCAAAGUUUGAGUCGGUGGCCACUGAGGUCUGCAAGAGCACCAUCACUGAGAUAAAGGAGUGUAAUGAAGAAGAAAGGGGGAGGGGCUACCUGGUGUCCUGCCUGGUGGAUCACCGCGGCAACAUCAGCGAGUACCAGUGCAACCAGUACAUCACCAAGAUGACCACCAUCGUGUUCAGCGACUACAGACUGAUCUGCGGCUUCAUGGACAAAUGCAAAGACGACAUCAACAACCUGCACUGCGGCAGCAUCAACGUGGGACAAAAGGACGUCCACUCGCAGGGAGAAGUGAUCGCCUGUCUGGAGAAGGCGUUAGUGAGGGAGGCGGAGCAAAAGGAUCAAGCUCAUCCAAUCAAAGAGGAAUGUCAGCGGGCGAUUCUGAGGGUGGCCGAGCUGUCGUCGGACGACUUCCACCUCGAUCGACACCUUUACUUCUCCUGCCGAGACGACCGCGAGAGAUUCUGUCAGAACACUCAGGCCGGAGAAGGAAAAGUCUACAAGUGUUUGUUCAAUCACAAAUUUGAAGAGGCGAUGACAGAAAAGUGCCGUGACGCUCUCACCACCCGUCAGAAGCUGAUCUCUCAGGACUACAGGGUCAGCUACUCUCUGGCUAAAGCCUGCAAGGUGGACCUGAGGAAGCAGCGCUGCAGCCUGGACACAAACCUCCCGCGAGCCCGCGAGGCCCGACUGUCCUACCUGCUGCUGUGUCUGGAGGCUGCUGUGCACCGCGGUCGUACUGUCAGCGGAGAGUGUCAGGGGGAGAUGCUGGACUACAGGCGGAUGCUGAUGGAGGAUUUCUCUCUGAGUCCGGAGAUCGUGCUGCACUGUCGGACCGAGAUCGAGGCUCACUGCUCGGGCCUGCACCGCAAAGGACGCACGCUGCACUGCCUGAUGAGGAUCGGACGAGGAGACCGCAGCACCACGGUGGACAACGUCUGCCAAAGCGCUCUGCAAACGUUGAUCCAGUCUGCCGACCCCGGAGCAGACUACAGGAUCGACCGGGCGCUCAACGAGGCCUGUGAGUCCGUUAUCCAGACCGCCUGCAAACACAUCCGCAACGGAGACCCGAUGAUCCUGUCGUGCCUGAUGGAGCACCUUUACACAGACAAGAUGGUGGAGGAUUGUGAACACCGACUGUUGGAGCUGCAGUAUUUCAUAUCCAGAGACUGGAAACUGGACCCCAUCCUCUACAAGAAGUGUCAGGGCGACGCUGCUCGACUCUGUCACACUCGCGGCUGGAACGAAACAAGCGAGCUGAUGCCGCCGGGCGCCGUUUUCUCCUGCCUGUACCGCCACGCCUACCGCACCGAGGAGCAGGGACGCCGGGUGAAUCCAGACGAGCAGUUAUCUCGGGACUGUAAGGUGGAGGUUCAGAGGAUUCUCCACCAGAGGGCGCUGGAAGUGAAGUUGGACCCUGAGCUGCAGAAACGCUGCAUGACUGACCUCGGGAAGUGGUGCAGCGAGAAGACGGACACUGGCCAGGAGCUGGAGUGUCUGCAGGAUCAUCUGGAGGACUUGGUGUCCGCCUGCAGGGAGGUCGUGGGCAACCUGACGGAGCUGGAGUCAGAGGACAUCCAGAUCGACGCUCUCCUCAUCAGAGCCUGUGAACCCGUCGCCCAGGCUCACUGCCAUGAUGUAGCUGAUAACCAGGCUGAUACCGGUGACCUCAUGGAGUGUUUGGUUCAGAACAAACACCAGAAGGAGAUGAACGACAAGUGUGCAGUCGGCGUCACACACUUCCAGCUGAUCCAAAUGAAGGAUUUCAGGUUCUCCUAUAAGUUCAAGAUGGCGUGUAAGGAGGACGUUCUGCGCUUGUGUCCGAACAUCAAGAAGAAGGUGGAUGUGGUGAUCUGUCUGAGCACCACGGUGAAGAACGACACGCUGCAGGACGCCAAAGAGCAGCGGGUGUCUUUGAAGUGCCGGAAACAGCUGAGAGUGGAGGAGCUGGAGAUGUCUGAAGAUAUCCGUUUGGAGCCCGAGCUGUACGACCCGUGUAAGUCCGACAUCAGCCGUCUGUGUCCAAACGUGGCUUUUGGAAACGCUCAGAUGAUCGAGUGUCUGAAGGAGCAGAAGAAGCAGCUGAGUCAGCGCUGCCAUCAGAGGAUCUUCAGGCUGCAGGAGGUGGAGAUGAGCGACCCCGAGCUCGACUAUCAGCUGAUGAGAGUCUGCAAGCAGAUGAUCAAGCGUUUCUGUACUGAAGCCGACGCCAGAAACGUCCUCCAGUGUCUGAAACAGAACAAGAACAGCGAGCUGAUGGACCCGAAGUGUAAACAGAUGAUCACCAAGAGACAGAUCACACAGAACACAGACUACAGGUUGAACCCGGUGUUGAGAAAAGCAUGUCGAGCUGACAUCCCAAAGUUCUGCCAGCCGAUCCUGAACAAGGCGAGCGAUGACAGCGAGCUGGAGGGUCAGGUCAUCGCCUGCCUCAAACUCAAAUAUGCCGACCAGAGGUUGUCUCCGGACUGUGAGGACCAGAUCAGAGUGAUUCUGCAGGAGUCAGCGCUCGACUACAGACUGGACCCACAGCUGCAGAGACACUGCACAGACGAGAUCUCCAGGCUGUGUGCGGAGGAGGCAGCGGCUCAGGAGCAGACGGGUCAGGUGGAGGAGUGUCUGAAGGUCAACUUGCUUAAAAUCAAACAGGAGGCCUGUAAAAAGGAGGUCCUGAACAUGCUGAAGGAGAGUAAAGCGGACAUCUUUGUGGACCCGGUCCUGCACACAGCCUGCGCUCUGGAUCUCAAACACCACUGUGCCGCCAUCACACCCGGCAGAGGACGACAGAUGUCGUGUCUGAUGGAGGCGUUACAAGACAAGAGAGUCCGCCUGCAGCCCGAGUGCAAGAAAAGACUUCAAGACCGCAUAGACAUGUGGAGCUACGCUGCAAAGGUGGCGCCAGCAGAGGGCUUUUCAGACCUCGCUGUCCAGGUGAUGACAUCACCCUCCAAGAACUACAUCCUGCUCAUGAUCGCACUGAGCGUGUGCAUCCUCUUUCUGGUUGGGCUGCUGUGCGGUCGCAUCACAAAGCGAGUGACGAGAGAAUUAAAGGACCGGUAGAGGACGAGCCCUCGAUAAAGACAGACUCCUCCUAUACCUUCCUCAUCUUCUUCCUCCUCCUCCUCCUCCUCCUCCUCCUCCUUCUCUCUGAUGCCCGGUCUGUAACCAGCCAACCUGCACAGUGCCAACGCCAGCGCCCACAUCUGGAACUCUUCUGUUUAUUGGCUGCUGCUGAAUAUUUGCAUCAGAUGCAAAAUGGCCCCGAAUCCCACAAAUACUCCAAACCUUUGAGGGCAGUUUUGACUUUCUGAUUGGAGCCUUUGUUCGUCGAUUAUCAUCUUUGCUCCCAAUAAAGUAUCCGCUUUUGCCAA